UCUACCGUCAUCGUUAAAGGCCGAAACGGGACAAAUAAGAUCGGAACGUGCGUGAAGUUUGCCUCAUUUUAAAUUGCUCAGUGCGGUAGUAAACAUGAACUUGGAGGUGAUUUUAUUUGUAUUUUUUGGUGUUGUUUUAAAUUACAGUACCGCCAAUGUCGUCCACAAAAGAUUUGAGUACAAAUAUUCAUUCAAACCUCCAUACCUAGCCCAAAAAGAUGGGUCAGUGCCGUUUUGGGAAUAUGCUGGAAAUGCUAUUGCCAGUUCGGAAAAUGUGAGAUUGGCGCCUUCUCUAAGAAGUCAAAAAGGAGCAAUAUGGACAAAAAACCCCAUCAAUUUCGACUGGUGGGAUGUAGAUAUCUCAUUUAGGGUAACUGGAAGAGGCAGAAUUGGAGCCGAUGGAUUAGCAUUUUGGUACACCCAAAAUAAAGGCUCAGUCACUGGCGAAGUGUUUGGUUCAUCAGAUCAAUGGGUUGGAUUAGGUCUAUUUUUUGAUUCAUUUGACAAUGACAACAAACACAAUAACCCAUACAUUAUGGCAGUGUUGAACGACGGAACCAAGCAGUUUGAUCAUCAAAAUGACGGAAUCACCCAACAACUGGCUGGAUGUUUGCGCGAUUUCCGUAACAAACCUUUCCCUACUCGAGCGAGAAUAGAAUAUUACCAGAACACCUUAACAGUCUUAUUCCACAACGGCAGAACAAACAGUGAUGAAGACUACGAAAUGUGUCUGAGAGCUGAAAACGUCGUUCUACCCAAAGGAGGGUAUUUCGGUGUUUCAGCCGCCACUGGCGGACUUGCCGACGAUCAUGAUGUGAUACACUUCCUUACUAGUAGUUUACACCCACCAGAUCAAGUGCAACAGAAUCAAUUCCAAGGAGAAGAACAACAGAAGCUGCAACAGGAGUAUCAAGACUACCAACAGAAGUUGGAGGCACAAAAGGCUGAAUAUAAGAAGGAACAUCCAGAUGUGAAAGAACCAGAAGUCGAGGACUGGUACGAAUCGGACUCACAAAGAGAGCUCCGUCAGAUAUUCCAAGGCCAAAACCAAAUCUACGAGGUACUCAGAGAACUGAACAAAAAGAUUGACGAAGUCGUCGGACGACAAGAAAGGACAAUGAGUUUGAUAUCUCAGCAAGCUAGCAUGGUCCAAGCGGGCGGAGCACCUCCACCACCCCCUGGCGCAGCUCCUGUGCAACCCGGUGAAACCAUCAGAAGGCACGAAGUGGAUGCUUUGUUCAACAACCACAAUCAGAUUAGUGGUUACCUACAGGAACUCAAGCAAUUCGUCCUUGAAGUCAAAACUCGAGCCGAUACGAUUUUGAACAACCAAGCGAAACAACCGACAGCUCAAGUACAGUCGGUUGGAUACGAUACUCAAUCAUUGAUCUCAGAAAUGCGAGAUGGACUCAACCAUGUCAAGCAGAACAUCGCGCAACUUUCACAGAAAACGCCCACAACCCAAGGAUGUCCGACAGUGAGCUGUAUAUCUCUUACGGCUGUACUAGCCAUUGCGGCUGUACAGUUAGGCAUAAUUUUAGCCUAUAAUAUUUAUAGGGAUAACAAGGACAGCAGUAACAAGAAAUUCUAUUAGAGUGUAUGCGGAUAGUUCUUGAGAUUAAAUUUUUGAGUUAACAGUGGCGGGGUAAUUAACUUUUUUAGGGGCAUUUUGACAUUUUACCGAACGUAUUUAUUAUGUGAACAAGAGAAUCGUCUUCCUGUAUUUUAUAGUUUAACGUUUUUUGACAUGUAACAAAUUUUUCUUUGUAAUUUCCGUUUUCUAGCAAUUUACAUUGACAAAAGAAAUUACUUAGGACAAGUGGCCUAAAUGGAAUGGGUUACUUUUUAGUAAAGGUAGGAAAUACCUUUAAAAUGGUUAGAUGUGACUAAAAAAAUUAGUAAAUCGAAGAUAAAAGACACGUUUUUUGACAUGUUUCUGUUUGCAGGGGCGUCGAAUCAGUUUUUUGUUACCAUAUAUAUUGGCAUGUAAUUUAAUUAUAUUUUUGUGGACUGAAAUACAGUCAUAUUGAUAUGUGGAAAUGACAAAAAUGCUCCAAUAGAUGACUAGAACUGAUUUUUACAUGCCUACUAUUGAAAAUUGCAUUUAAUUGAACAUUUUUUCACAAUAUCUUCGUUUAUUGAAUUUAUUUAGUCACUAAGUCAGAUAUUAACAAAAAAAUACGUGAAAACGAAUAAAUUUUCCAUAACUUUUUUUCAUUGAGCUGUUUCUUUUGCUCUCUCUUAUAUUUUUUCUCUCUUUCAUGUUUUUCUCUCAUUUUGUUCUUGUAGUCCAAUUUUAAAUAUCUUGUGAUUUUUGUUAACACAUUUUUUGUGUUUUCAGACAGUUUUAGUGUUUUAUAUGUAAAAAAUUAAUAACUUAAUAAAGAAUUGAGGUUUUGUUAUA